UUCGAGAGAAGUAUUUAUUUUUAUAUGGGUGAAAUUUUUGAAAUAAAAUCGGUUGAAUUCAAAGCACAGUGCGAAUUAUAUAGAACCUGUUUUAGAGUCAAUAACAAGUUUAAGUAGUUCAACAAUUAGAACAUAGUUCAUCAGGCAGCAUUAAGCAUUCUAUAAGCGACGUAAUCUGGACAUCACCGGACAGUAUAAUUGGCGGAAAUACGUAUAUCUGAACCACCUUGCAACAUGCCGUACGUUGUAGUCGAAACGACGGAUACUCUUGGCAACAAGGAACUGCUCGCUGCACCGGAAAGCUGGCUCCAGAAGAGAGAAGAUGGAAAACAAUAUCUCUGUUGGCCCAAUGUGAGAAACAUUACCACAUUGAAUGCACUACUGCAGGAUGACUGUAGCGUACCGUCGCUGAUGUGGGAAAAACAUGAAUGCAUGAUCAUGCGACACAAUAUUUUGUCGCUCGCAUUGGCAAGUAAGGCAAUAGAAGGUAUUCAACGAAAAAGCGAAAGGUUAACCAACCCAGUCGCUGAACAAAUCGCCCAUAAAAGUCCCGACGUUGUUGAAAAUCCGAAGCGUAACUAUGCACCUGAUAAAAAUGUACGCGAGAGGUAUUUAACCGGGCAAAACAAGGAUUACAACUACGCUCAGGGGACUUUAUACGAAUCAAAGCCGGACAUUUCAUCGGAUCCCCUGGAAGAAACUAGUACGAGCUCUAACGUGUUUCAGAUGUUCAAUGAGCUCAAGAGUCUUAUUGAUUCUAAUCAGGAAGAAAUGACGAAAAAAAUGAAUGAAGGCUUUUUUCGUAUACAGAAAGCUAUGGUCGCCAUGAUGCAUAAACGAACGGGGCAGCCAGUGCCGACAACAGCUACCGGAACACUUAACCCAACAGCACAAAACUGCUUUGCUUCAACGAGCUUCAACAUGAAAGCUUUGAAGACCUUGGAAGAAAUGAACAAUUUUGAAGAACGGCUGAAAGACGACGAUUAUCGAAAGCAAGUGCGAAAUUGGGUUGACAGUGUCGUAUCCUAUGAGCGUAAUCCGGAAUGCCGCAUGAUGGAGAUACUAGACUUGCUAUUCGAUCGGCACUUGCUUCCAAACUUUAGCUGGACGGGUGCUAGCACCAAAGGCGUCAAGAAACACGCAUUCGGGGAGUACAAAAAUAUUAUUCUGCUGUUUGCAUAUGUAGGCACCACUAGCCUGCACCGGGCAGAUAAGAAAUUUGUGGCCAAUUUUUUUAUGAAAAAGCUCAGACAUGCGUCUGUCCGGGCAGUUGGACUAAAAGGCAUGCGAAGAUGCGUGCCACAUACGCCAUCACCGAGAUCAAUUAAGAAUAGAUCGGGAGUGAAAAACAUGAAUGCAGUAGCCAGCAGUUCGAAAUAUGUUAAGCUAAGUCAGAUGGACUAUGGGAAUGUAGAUGUAAUCGAUGAUUCUGACGAGAACAAUGUAGAGUAUACAAUUAGCACCGUUGAACCUAAACAGGUAGCUGAGGAUCACCAGUAUACAGGAUAUAAAAGGUUAAAAAUCGAGGCUAUGAACGAUCUGCAACCAACACUAUGCAUGAGUGCUGAAGAUGAAUCAGAAUAAUAUGAAUCCUCCUGCAAUACAUGGAACAAAGCCUAUUCCAUUAGGAGCAUUUCGUACAUUUGAGACAGUUUCGGAAUUUUGCAUCAAUCUCUGCAAUAGGUAAGGAAGGUUAUCAGUUAUCAGUUGUAGCUAUAGGAUUUAAAAGUAUAUAUUAUUAACACUUUACAUUAAUACAUUUUUAGGAUG